CCCUUGCUAUUUACAGAUGGCGCUGUGAUGAGAAAAUGUCCAGCUCAGGUGGACCUCUUGUAAACAAUUUUGAAGUCCCAUCAUGGGCAGGGAAACCUCCACCGGGACUUCAUUUGGAUUGUACGAAGGAUGGCAAAAUGAUUCAGAAACUGAUGAUAGAUGAAAAGAAGUGUUACUUCUUUGGACGGAACAAGCAGCUGUGUGAUUUUUGCAUUGACCACCAGUCGUGUUCACGAGUUCAUGCAGCCCUGGUGUGGCACAAACACUUGUCAAGGCCUUUUAUUGUGGAUCUUGGCAGCACUCAUGGUACGCAUAUUGGACACAUCCGAUUAGAAUCCAGAAAACCACAGCAAGUUCCAAUUGAUAGUGAAAUCCAUUUUGGAGCUUCUACCAGACUUUAUAUAAUACGAGAAAGACCACAAGCCAUUACUGGGCAGAUCUCUGAUGACAACGAGAAACGAAGAGAGGACCUAGAGGGAGGCCUCCUGGGAUUGCCGGAAACAGAGACCGAGCUAGAUAACUUGACUGAAUUCAAUACUGCCCACAAUAGAAGAAUUUCUUCAAUGGUUGAUAUUGGGAAAGACUCCAGUUCAAAUCCAUUGAAGAGAAAGCACAAGAGUUUCCAUGUAAACUUUAUGGAGGAGGAUGAAGUCAUCAACCCAGAGGACAUUGAUCCAUCAGUCGGACGAUUCAGAAACAUGAUUCAAACUACUGUUAUUCCAAAUAAGCGUCAAAAAUUGGACACCGGGCUAGUGCAGAAUACAUCAAUGACUGACAACAUUACAAAACGGUUACAAAGUUUCUCCUAUCAAACACCUAGCUUAUAUGGUGACUUGUCCUCUGCUGCAAAUACGUAUAGUAUUGCUGCUAAGAUGGGACUUCACGUUCCCAAUCUUGCCCCUGACAUUGUACCUGAUGAACCAGUGGCACCCCCUGUUACUGCUCACCCACCUGUUGUGUUUAAUGUGGAAGACGUCUCGAAGGAACCCAAGAAAAAGAAAUACGCCAAGGAAAUGUGGCCUGGCAAAAAACCGGUGCAUUCUCUCCUUGUCUAACCAUACACUGCUUUUAGAUUGCAUAUUAUCAUUUUAAUGUUAUCCACAUGUAAUAGUUUCAAAAGGAAUAUUUCUGCAACAUUUGCAGACAAAUAUUGCAUGUUUUUGUAACCCUCCUCCCUUCUUGGGAGGGAGGGGGUAUUCAAUUGAUAAGUUAGCGUGCAAUGGAAAUAAGUUUCUUUAUUGAAUAACAUUUUCGUCUUCAGUAACAUGUUUUGAAUCACAUAAUGAGGAAGUGAGACUAUUGUGUGGAAAAUUUAGAAAUCUAAAACUUUGAACGAUAUUAGAUGAUAAAUACUUGAUUUUUGUGAAUUACAUGAUAAUUCUUAACAAAGUGUUGUUUAAGGGUCUUUUAAACAACUUUUAAUGCAUGUAUCAAUAUCACAAAUUAUAUAGCUUUAAAAAAAUAAAAUUCGUUAGGUUUUUAUGAAGUUUAUAUGUAAAAUAUGUUUUUGUAAAAUAAAUCAUAUACCAAUAUAGAUAAAAUCUUUCUGACACCUAACAUUUACAACUACAUGUACUGUACAUAUAUAUGUUUGAUCCCACUUGUGUUGGUAUGUCAUUUCUAGAUCUGCAUGUGAAGUCAUUUGAAUUUGUGUAAAUGGUAGAGUUUGUGAAUCUAAGAGCAGCUACUUUUGCCUAUCUGAAUUUAGAAAGAGUUCAAUCAUGUUUAAUCAUGUAAAUGUGCAAAAGCUAUUCUUAUUGAAAAUAAAAUAGCAGAAUUACUAUAA